UCUUUUUCGUUUUGUGCCAAAGGUGUCCCUGCGCGGGAGCGCGAUGCAGCGAGCGGCGGCGGCGUGGGUGCGGCGGGGCUGCUGCCCCGGGACCCGGGGCCCCUGGCGCCGCGGCCGGAGCAGCGCGGCCGCCGAGGCCCCGGCGGUGCUCCCGGGGCGGCCCGAGCGGGCCCCGCGCGAGCGCAUCCUGACGCCCGAGUCCAUGAACCCGCGGGUGAGGGCGGUGGAGUACGCGGUGCGGGGCCCCAUCGUGCUCAAGGCGGGCGAGAUCGAGCUGGAGCUGCAGCGGGGCAUCAAGAAGCCGUUCACUGAGGUCAUCCGAGCCAACAUCGGGGACGCCCAGGCCAUGGGCCAGCAGCCCAUCACCUUCCUCCGGCAGGUGAUGGCGCUGUGCACCUACCCCAACCUGCUGGACAGCCCCAGCUUCCCGGAAGACGCCAAGAAGCGAGCCCGGCGGAUCCUGCAGGCCUGCGGAGGGAACAGCCUGGGCUCCUACAGCGCCAGCCAGGGCGUGAACUGCAUCCGGGAGGACGUGGCCGCCUACAUCGCCCGGCGCGACGGCGGGGUGCCCGCCGACCCCGACAACAUCUACCUGACCACCGGCGCCAGCGACGGCAUCACGACGAUCCUGAAGAUCCUGGUUUCCGGGGGCGGCAAGUCGCGGACGGGGGUGCUGAUCCCCAUCCCCCAGUACCCCCUCUACUCGGCCGUCCUCUCGGAGCUGGGCGCCGUGCAGGUCAACUACUACCUGGACGAGGACAACUGCUGGGCCCUGGACGUGCAGGAGCUGCGGCGGGCCGUGCGGGAGGCCAAGGAGCACUGCGACCCCAAGGUGCUGUGCAUCAUCAACCCCGGGAACCCCACAGGCCAAGUGCAGAGCAGGAAGUGCAUCGAGGACGUGAUCCACCUGGCGUGGGAGGAGAAGCUGUUCCUCCUGGCGGACGAGGUGUACCAGGACAACGUGUACUCCGCCAACUGCACCUUCCACUCCUUCAAGAAGGUGCUGUGGGAGCUGGGCCCCGAGUACUCCAGCAACGUGGAGCUCGCCUCCUUCCACUCCACCUCCAAGGGCUACAUGGGCGAGUGCGGCUACCGGGGCGGCUACAUGGAGGUGGUCAACCUGCACCCCGAGAUCAAAGGGCAGCUGGUGAAGCUGCUGUCCGUGCGCCUGUGCCCGCCCGUGUCGGGGCAGGCGGCCAUGGACAUCGUGGUGAACCCGCCGCGGCCCGGCGAGGAGUCCUUCGCGCAGUUCGUCCGGGAGAAGGAGGCCGUGCUGAGCAACCUGGCCGAGAAGGCGAAGCUGACGGAAGACCUGCUCAACCAGGUCCCGGGCAUCCGCUGCAACCCGCUGCAGGGCGCCAUGUACGCCUUCCCCCGCCUCCUCCUGCCCCCGAAGGCCGUGGAGGCCGCGCAGGCCCACGGCAUGGCGCCCGACAUGUUCUACUGCAUGAGGCUGCUGGAGGAGACGGGCAUCUGCGUGGUGCCCGGCAGCGGCUUCGGGCAGCGGGAGGGCACCUACCACUUCAGGAUCACCAUCCUGCCGCCCGUGGAGAAGCUGAAGACGGUGCUGCAGAGGGUGAAGGACUUCCACGUCCAGUUCCUCGAGGAGUUCGCCUGAGGCCCCGCCGCCUCCUGGACGCCCCCGAGCCCCUCCGAGCGACCUGCCUCCGGCCUGCGGGGCCCGGUCCCUCCUCGCCGUCCAGCCCCCAUCCUUUGUGCCUUGCGUGGGAGCCCGUCUCCCAGCCCACGUGAAUGGGGUGUCCCAGAGGCCCUGUUUUUCUUCUCGUUUCUGAUGCAACCAAAGUCGCGGGGACGUGGCCCGCCUGUGGGGGGCGCCGUCUGGACCUGCUGCCGCCCGUCAGGGUGGAAAGCGGGCGGGGUCAGAGGCUGUCUGAGGGACGAGAGGCUGGAAAUGCAGGGCUUCCCCUGGAGCGGACUGGGCAUCCCGGCGCCACGCGAUCUGUGAAAUAAAACCCUUGGUGCAGAACCCAGCCUCCCGCGGGGCGCCCCCUUCUGGCCGGAGGCAGACGGUGCGUCUCGCUGCAGGCGAGCAGGGGCCCCGGGGAUGGAUGCCAGGCCCUGGUGGUGGGUCCUUUUCCUCGUGUCCUGCAGGGGACGAGGGGGUGUGAGCCGGGCGACCAGCUCCCAGGCAGCAAGGACUCUGCCCCCACGAGGCUCUGGGGGUGGCGGGUUGGCGGGGACCCGGGCCCGUCGUGUGUGGGGCGUCUGCCUGGCGAUGCCAGAGGCUCCGUCCUGCUUUUCCACAAAGGCCCUCGCCCAGGGCUCCGCGGAGCCGUGGCACACACCGCCCUCUGCUGGCGAGAGCAGGAAUUGCGACCCUGACGGUCCUGGAGCCCGAGGGGCCUCCCCGCGGACGGGACAGUCACCUUCCCCACCGUGUCCGCCGAGUCCGCGCCAACCGCGUCGGCCCGUUUCCUGCCCAUGAGCUGGCCGAGGCGCCCGGCGGCACUGCGGUGGCCACGUGCGGCCGAUGGGAAGUGCGCACACGUGGUUCCCUUCGAGCAGCGUUGGCCUCCGCCUGCUGCUGGCUGCCGCCCUCCCAGACCGCCAGGCUCCCGCAGCCUCUGCACGUCCCAGCCGGGGUGGGCACCCCCCUGGCCGCCGCGCCCUGGCUUAGCACACCGGCCGGGCCCCGCCGCCCUCCGGAGAGCGGGAGCAGGUGUGCCCCCCCCAGCGGGCAGUCAGGGAGCCCAAGGCCAGCACGGGGGUCUGGGGCCCAGCGAGUCCCCAGGUGGAGAGGAAGCAGCUGGGCUGAGAAGCAGUGAGCUGGGAAAGCAGCCUCCCGGCUCCAGUUUCCGACGGGGUGCGCCCGCGAACUCCCAGCGGCCCCCCGGCCGGCGGCCCCGUCCCCGAGAGAGAGGCAGCCGCGGCCUCGAGGGGCCGGAUCUGGGACUGCGCCGUCCUUAGGAGACGGGCCCUGGUGCCGGGCGGGCCCUGGCGGGGUCCGUCGGCGGGAUGCGCCCGCGGCGCUGAGCAGAGCAGAGGGAGUCUAUUUUUUGUAUUUUUGUAACAACUGCUUUUUUCAUGGGCGGAGGGUGGGUGGGUAUUUGUAGUCCUAACAAGUCCAGCAGUGUUUUUAUAAAUGUCUCUGCGGAUGCUAAGUAACCCCGGAGUUCUCGCAGUGUUGGCUGCAUCCACGGGGACUGCAGGCCCAGCGGGGGGCGCUGGCCACGCGAGAGCCCCGCCCACAGCCUCCGUUCCCGUGUCUGGGCACCGUCGGAGGGAGACAUCGGCCCCUUGGGGUCACCAUAAACACACCCGAGAGGGUUUGUGCAUUUAGACCCGCCAGUGGGGCCCAGGGUUGUGGAUGUGUGUGCUGGUGGGGCGGCAGGCCUGUCUGCCCAGGUUCCCAUUUGGAUUCCUACAGGCGGCUCCGAGAAGGCACUGAGGAUGAGCGCUCUGCUGGGAAUUUCACAAUAAAACACUUGGUGUC